AGAUAGUCAGCUGGGUAAGAAGACAAAGAGAGUCCUCCAAGCCCAGUACCUUCUCGUUCCACCGUCGAAUCUUUCACAGCUAACGCCCUUCCUUCCAUCCAAAAUGCGCGAAAUAGUGCAUCUGCAAGCCGGACAGUGCGGAAACCAGAUUGGAGCCAAGUUCUGGGAGGUGAUCAGUGAUGAGCAUGGCAUCGACCCGACUGGAACCUACCAUGGAGACAGCGACCUGCAGCUAGACAGGAUCAAUGUGUACUACAAUGAGGCCUCAGGUGGGAAGUAUGUCCCCCGUGCCAUCCUGGUGGAUCUGGAGCCGGGCACCAUGGACUCUGUCAGGUCUGGCCCCUUCGGACAGAUCUUCAGGCCAGACAACUUUGUCUUUGGCCAGAGUGGAGCUGGAAACAACUGGGCCAAGGGCCACUACACAGAGGGAGCAGAGCUGGUAGACUCUGUCAUGGAUGUAGUGAGGAAGGAGGCAGAGAGCUGUGACUGUCUCCAGGGUUUUCAGCUCACCCAUUCCCUGGGUGGGGGUACUGGCUCUGGCAUGGGCACCCUGCUCAUCAGCAAGAUCCGUGAGGAGUACCCUGACCGCAUCAUGAACACCUUCAGCGUGGUGCCCUCUCCCAAAGUGUCCGACACAGUGGUGGAGCCCUACAACGCCACCCUCUCUGUGCAUCAGCUGGUGGAGAACACAGAUGAGACCUUCUGCAUCGACAACGAAGCCCUCUACGACAUCUGCUUCCGCACUCUCAAGCUCACCACACCCACCUAUGGAGACCUCAACCACCUGGUGUCAGCCACCAUGAGUGGAGUGACCACCUGCCUUCGUUUCCCUGGCCAGCUCAACGCCGACCUCCGCAAACUGGCUGUCAACAUGGUGCCCUUCCCCCGCCUGCACUUCUUCAUGCCCGGCUUUGCCCCCCUCACCAGCAGGGGGAGCCAGCAGUACCGCGCCCUGUCCGUGCCUGAGCUCACCCAGCAGAUGUUCGACUCCAAGAACAUGAUGGCGGCCUGCGACCCUCGACACGGCCGUUACCUCACCGUGGCCGCCAUCUUCCGUGGUCGCAUGUCCAUGAAGGAGGUGGAUGAGCAGAUGCUCAACGUCCAGAACAAGAACAGCAGCUACUUUGUGGAAUGGAUCCCCAACAACGUGAAGACCGCUGUCUGCGACAUCCCACCCCGCGGCCUCAAGAUGUCUGCCACCUUCAUCGGCAACAGCACAGCCAUCCAGGAGCUGUUCAAGCGUAUCUCUGAGCAGUUCACUGCCAUGUUCCGCCGUAAGGCCUUCCUUCACUGGUACACCGGAGAGGGUAUGGAUGAGAUGGAGUUCACUGAGGCUGAGAGCAACAUGAAUGACCUGGUGUCUGAGUACCAGCAGUACCAAGAUGCCACCGCUGAGGAGGGCGAGUUUGAAGAGGAGGGAGAAGAGGAAGCCGCCUAAACCAUCCAGUCACUCAACUGCCAAACAGUCUAUCACUCCCCUCCGUCCUGACCCCAAAGCACAACUUGAUUGAUUUAAAUUAAUGUUAAAGAAAAGGAAACUCCGAUUUGUGAUAAUUAAAUGAAUGUGCUCAAACAUCUCUUCAGCGGUUCCCUUCAGUCUAAUUAGUAUCCUGUAAUGUUUUCAGGUCUCAUCCUAGAAGUCAGAGGGUAUUCUAACAUGAGGUUUCUUAUGAAAGCAGCAAGCUGUAACUCGAUGUCUAAAUUGAAUUAUGUGAAUAAAUUAACAAUGUGUUCCAA